ACCACCCCUCCACCUCCAUUCCACAGGUAUGAAGAGGAGAUCAACAAGCGCACGGCUGUCGAGAGCGAUUUUGUGACCCUGAAGAAGGAGGCGGACAAUGCCUACCUGGACAAGACAGGGCUGCAGACCAGUCUGGAUUCCCUCACAGAGGAGAUCAACUUCCUCAGAGCCCUCUACGAAACCGAGCUGUCSCAGAUGCAGACCCAGAUCUCAGACACCUCGGUGGUGCUGACCAUGGACAACAACCGGAGYYUGGACAUGGAGAGCGUCAUCGCCGAGGUGAAGGCGCAGUACGAGGAGAUCGCCAACCGCAGCCGCRCCGAGGCCGAGUCCUGGUACCAGUCCAGGGUAAGCRCCUGGGAAGGCUUCUGCAAUGGGAAAACCACCCUCCCAUCCCCAAAYUCCCCUAGGGAGGGGGGUCCCACUGUAGUUUUGACACAUGGAAUUGAUGCCUGAUGAUUUUUGCUUUUCCCUUUACGCUUCUGUACUCUCUAUACAUUCCCCUGUACCCCUUAAUCCACAUGUUCGUAAUUCCUGAAGCCUGAUAUUCCAGCUUAGUUUAGGAGUUCUGCUGGGCAGAGAGACCAAACAUCCUGAGGAAGGAGUCAGUGU